CUGAAGCAUCCUCCAGGCAAUGAAAUAUAUCGCAAUGAGAAUUUGUCGUUUUUUGAGAUUGACGGCAGAAAGAAUAAGGCUUACGCACAAAAUCUGUGCUUGUUGGCGAAGUUGUUCCUCGAUCAUAAGACCUUAUACUACGAUACAGAUCCUUUUUUGUUCUACGUACUUGCAUAUUUGGACGAUCGAGGAUUUCAUAUUGUUGGCUUCUUCUCCAAAGAAAAGGAGUCGGCGGAGGAGUAUAAUGUAGCUUGUAUAUUAGUAUUGCCUCCAUACCAGAAAAUGGGGUACGGACGAUUAUUGAUAGAGUUCAGUUAUGAACUAUCUAAAGUCGAAGGAAAGACUGGCUCUCCAGAGAAACCUCUCUCUGAUCUCGGUUUGGUUCGUUCGAUUGCUUCGAUUAUCACUAACUUGACGUUGUCAUAUCGAAGUUUCUGGUCAGCAACCAUAAUAGAGAAGUUGAUGCGUUUCAAAGAGGAGGAAGUAGCAGGUGGGGAGGAGCGCGCAAUUUCUGUGAUGGAUUUAUCGCAGAUGACGUCAAUUCGGAAAGAAGAUGUCAUAUCCACUUUACAGGUGCAGUUUGAUUAAUU